GAAGAUUUGAAAAAGUGUGACAGCAAUUGAAACAAUCGAAUACAUGGCAAUGCAAACAAGGCUCUAUGGUACUGCCCAUCACGAUGAUCAAAUUCCACUUAUUCGGUUCCUGUUUCCUGUUUGUUUCUUCCACUUCUUUUGUUGAUCUCUCUUCGUUCGUUGCCGCUGAUGGUUGCCUAUUGACGGCGCCUUCACCCCUUUCAGACCCUUUUCCUCUCUCCCCUCCCCCUCAGCGGGAGCCUCGGCCAGGUGCUUGUCUCCAAAGGAAGUCAGGUUGUGUUCAUCGGCCCAUGUGAGACCCUGUUCCUGCUGAGUGGGAAAUGGGAAAUGGAAAAUCGUCUUCGUAUUUUUGACCUUACAGGACCCACUUCUGCUGCUACUCCCGCAUUUCUCUCCCUUUUGC